CGGACGGUAAACGCCGUCGUGGGGCCGCCUCGUCCGGGGCGCCGGAGUGAGGGUGCCGCUCUCGGGCUCCCUCGCGGCACGAGGGUCAGGCGAGCGUCACGCGGAGCUUCCUUUCCCAGACGAGCACGGCACGGCCGGGGCCAGGAUGGACUUCCCCAGCUCCCUCCCGCCCUCGUUGUUUAUGACUGGCCCCCUUGGUCUGAGUGGUGUCCCUGAUAUGUCCUUCAUGUGCAGCUGGAGAGACGCGCUGACCCUGCCGGAGUCCCUGCCCCGAGACUCUGAGAACGCGGCGCCGCACGUGGCCACAGGCCUGCUCUGGAAGCCGGACACCCCUGGGCCCCUGCCCUUGCUGCCUCCUGGUCCCGAUCCCUGGGACCCCGGCGUGACUGCCCAGGAUCUGCUUUUCCGGGGAGGUUACCACUUCCGGAGACAGCCCCGAGCCGUACUGGACGUCACUGAGCAGCUCAGCUGGUUCUUGUGGGACCAUGGGGACAUAGCCUUUGCACCCCUGGGGAAGCUGAUGCUGGAGAAUUUCAAACUGGAGGGAGCACGGAGUCGCUCCAAGAAGAAGACCGUGGUCAGUGUGAAGAGGCUACUCCAGGACCUCGGUGGACACCAGCCCUGGGGCUGUCCCUGGGCUUACCUCAGCCACCGCCAGCGCCGGUUCUCCAUCCUCGGGGGCCCGAUCCUGGGCACAUCAGUGGCGAGCCUCCUGGGAGAACUGCUGCACGAGGAGCUGGCCCUGCGGUGGGAGCAGCUGCUCCUGGAUGAUGCCUUCACUGGGGGUGCCCUGGCCUGGGUGCCCGGCAGGACGCCCGGGGCCGGGCAGCUGGUCUACCCUGCGGGAGGCGCCUUGGACAGGCUGUAUUUCCAGAAGGUCGAUCUAACUCCAGGCAGUGAGCCCCGGGUUCUCGGAGACCCUGGCCACAUCCGGCUCCGGGGACCUGUCCGGCAGGUGGUGACCCGCACUGUGCAGGGAGAAGGUAAGGCCUGUAGACACCUCCCUCAUCAGCUCACUGAUCUGCUGUCUGACUCUGAUCCUGACCUUGACCCUCUCCAUCCCUCAGCUCUGCUGGCUGUCCGUUCUGACUACCACUGUGCCCUGUGGAAGGUCAGUAAGCAGGGGCAGCCGGUCCCUCUCCAAGUGCUGCAGGUCGAGAAGGGGGCGACGGGCGUCAGCCUCAGCCCUCACCUGCCUGGAGAGCUGGUCGUCUGUAGCCGUUCCGGAGCCAUCUGUCUGUGGACCCCCCAGGAUGGGCUGCAGCAAAUCUACAAGGACCCCGAGACCCUUGUGUUCCGGGACCCGUCUCCCUGGCGUUGGGCAGACUUCACUGCCCACCCUCGAGUGCUGACUGUGGGUGACCGCACUGGAGUGAAGAUGGUGGACACUCAGGGCCCGCCAGGCUGUGGUCUGCUGCUUUUUCGUGGAGGGGCGGAGGCAUCGUGCCAGAAAGGGGAGCGGGUCCUGCUCACCCAGUACCUGGGGGAGUGCGGCCCCGAGUCGCUGUACCCCCCGCUCCACCUCAUCUGCACCCAGUUCUCACUCUACCUGCUGGACGAGCGCCUGCCCUUGGUGCCCCUGCUGAAGUGGAACCACGGCCUCCCUUCCGCGCCCCUGCUGGCCCGGCUGCUGCCCCCGCCCCGCCUGGGCCUCCCGCGGCCGCUGCUCCUGGCGGGCCAGGCCGGGGAGCUGCAGCUGCUGCACAUCGCAGGAGAGGGGGCCUCCACUCCCCGGCUGGCGGGGCCCCCCCAGUCUCUCCCUUCCAGGAGUGACUCCCUCUCUGCCUUCCCCCUGCUGGAGCCUAAGAGUCAGUGGCAGCUGCAGGAACGUCUGAAAGCGCCAACCAUCGGUCUGGCUGCCGCCAUCCCACCCUCCACCUCCACACCAGUGCUGGCACUCUUCCAACUUUCGGUGGCUGGAGAUGUCUUCCACCAGCACCUCCACCUCCAGGCAGACCCCGGGCCUGACUCUCACGCCCCCACGGCUUCCUGGACCCCCCGUGCCACUGCCUCCUGCAGCCAGUGGCUGAAGGCCCUGCUGGAGGUGUCCCCGGCUCCCCCUGUGUGGGCUGCACCCACCUUCUCCCACCGUCGCCUGCUGGGCUGCUUUGAGCCUCAGAAGGUUGAGGGGAAAGUGCCAGAGGGUCUCCGCACGGCCAUGGCCAAAGGGUGUCUCCUGCAGCAGAGGGACCUGGGCUUUUGCCCCACGGAAGAGCGGCCCCCCGCCCCCGAGCCAGGCCCCGAGGACGAGCUCAGCGAGCGUUUGGAGGCAGCCUGGGAGGGCCGGGCAGCGGCCUGGUGGGAGAGGCGUUGGGGCAGCAGCUCGGGGCCUGGGAGACAGCCCAAGCGGCACAAGCGCCGGACCCAGCUGUCCAGCACCUUCUCAUCACUCAGCGGCCGCUUGGACCUUUCAGACGCUGCCAGCCCCCCUCCCAGCCCAGACCGGACACUCCCCGAGGCCAGGCCUCAGCCCCCAGUGACUCCGCCCUCCCAGGAGUUGACCCAGGAGCCGUGGGCCCAAGGUGUCCCCUCAGAGCGGCAGCAGACCCUCCGGGACUACAUGGCUGAGCUGCCGCUCCGAGGGGACACCCCGGGGGGUGCCACCAUGCCCUCCUCCCAGACCUCCAGCAUCCGGGCCACCCCCUCCAGGCAGCAGGCCCUCCGGGACUGCAUGGCUGAGCUGCCGCUCCGAGGGGACACCCCGGGGGGUGCCACCGUGCUCUCCUCCCAGACCUCCAGCAUCCAGGCCACCCCUUCCAGGCAGCAGGCCCUCCGGGACUGCAUGGCUGAGCUGCCGCUCCGAGGGGACACCCCGGGGGGUGCCACCUUGCCCCCCUCCCAGACCUCCAGCAUCCGAGCCACCCCCUCCAGGCAGCAGGCUGCUGUCCUCUCCGGCUCUCAGUCACACCGGAAGAAGCCCCGCAUGGGCUUCUGAGGCCUGGGAAAGCCGCCCCCACCUCCAGAGAGUCCUCUAUCCUGGAUAAGCUGUGCCUUUUGUGGUUGAAACGGAGAUAAAGAGAACAGUUGCCAGGGUGCAGGCCUGCCUGUUUUCCCAAGGCCUUUGUGACCGUGGGAGACUUCACUUCGGAAGCAAUUUGGAGCCAGGUCGGAGGAAGAAGGACAACAGAGUCGUCGUUUCUCCUGUAGGUGAUGCUCCUGGGCACGUUGAGAAGCCCUGGGAGCCCUGGCCUGCAGGUCAGUGUCACCGGGAUCCCCUCUGGCCAACAGCGUUGUGCUGGAAUGCAGGGGCUCCAGUCGGCUGGGGGCUCCACCGCGCACAGGCCCCCGGGACGUGGUGGGUGAUGGUGAGGUGAGCUGCCUGGCCUGCCAGUGCCCAGCCCGCCAGGCAUUGGCAGCUGCUAGUGGUUUGGGGGUGUGUUAAGCAGUUUCUAGCACCAUCUAAUGUUUUGUAGAGGGAGGCACGUUGGACCCACAUUUAGGGGUUGAAUAAACUUGUCAACUGAGCCUGGUUUUGAACGAGGCCGGGCCGUGUCCC